AAGAGUCAAUGGAUAAAACAUAAAAGAAAAGAAAAAAAAAAAAGAGACAAUCAUAAAGCUUUGCUGUGACCCAAAAAUAAAACUCCACCGACCCACACGCUUUUCUAAUUUUAACGCAAUACAAAAUCCCUAAUCGCCACCGCCAUUUUCCUCCUCAAACUUCAAAUAUCCACCUCUUUCGUUCCUCCUUCCUCUUCCUCCGCCGCCGCUACCGCCACCGCCAACCGCCGUCUCCUCCCACAAUUCAAUUUCUCUCUGCGUCUGUCUAAUCAAUCGAUUCACAUUGUUUCGGCAUUGUAAAAUCCGAUUCCAGGUAUGGCUGCGCUCGCAGUUGAGCAGCUGAAUCAAUUACGCGACAUAUUUGCACGAUUCGACAUGGAUUCCGACGGAAGCCUGACGAUUCUUGAGCUGGCGGCGUUGCUCCGGUCGCUAGGUCUAAAGCCCUCCGGCGACCAAAUCCACGUUCUCGUCGCGAACAUGGAUGCGAACGGGAAUGGAUCUGUAGAGUUCGACGAAUUGGUGACCGCGAUUAUGCCGGAUUUCAACGAGGAGGUAAUGGUAAAUCAGACGCAGCUUCUGGAGGUUUUCCGUUCCUUCGAUCGAGACGGGAAUGGAUAUAUAACCGCGGCGGAGCUGGCGGGAUCGAUGGCGAAGAUGGGACAGCCAUUGACGUACAGAGAGCUAACGGAGAUGAUGAAGGAAGCCGAUACGGACGGAGAUGGCGUAAUUAGCUUCAACGAGUUUGCAUCUGUAAUGGCUAAAUCCGCAUCUGAAUUUCUAGGGCUUGCAAUAUCUUGACUAGAAGAUCAGAUCGUUUCUAAUUCGCUGCCGAUCCAUGGAAUUCGAAACUGUAAUAUAAUUCUCAAAGUUUUCCCCUCUGAUCUGAUCUCAUCAAACACCAAAACCAUGAUUUCUCUCCCUCCCUAAUUAGAAUAUUUCAUAAUUGACUUAGCGCGUUCAACUUCAAUCAUGGAAACUUCUGUGGACUUGUGCAUUCAUUGAGGAUCCCUUUUAACCACGAAAUUAAAUGAUCGAAUAUUUUGGUGUUGUAGUUUUCCUUCUUUUUCUUUUUUGAGUUCGACCAUGGAAUUUAAACUUCCUGACCUUUUGAGUUUGACCCACCAUAGUUCGCUUGUAAUUUUUUUAUUUUUUUUUUAACUUUUUCUGUACAUAUAUAUAAAUCCCUGAGUUGAAGUCGGGGAGGAUUGGGAGGAUUUGAUAUUUGAUGAGUGGCUGUACUAUGAUCGCUUAGGCGAUAUGGUCCAGACAAUCAUAGUAAAGUACUGAGUUGAGUUGAAGUCAUGAGCGGUUGUACUAUGAUUGCUAGGGCGAUAUGCAAGAAUGAA